UCGCACGCCACCGCGCACCGUGACUCCGAUAGCGCACGCGCACGCGACACCCCCGCCUCCGACGACACGUGCUCCCACCUGUGACCCAUGAUAACCCGCUGAAGAAAACAUGCAAGAACAAAGCACUUCCCGAACAAACAAAACUACACUCAACUCACUGGAAAGCGCUAUUAUCAAGCUGAAAAACAACCUGCAAAUACAGGACACCAAAUCCACAGACAUGACCGGUCUGUUGAGCAUCGAAACACCUGCGGAGGACACAAAAAGUACAAGUAAGAGCUCUAGUUCAACUACAACCAACUUAAACUUAUCUAUUGCAUCUGCGGCAUUGUUACAAGAAAAUAUGCUUCAGAGAUCCCUACAAGGUGUAGUGAUAUCCCUUCAAAAUGCAAUGAUGAGUUCCUUACAACAAGCCGCUCUUUUACCAUCGAAUUCUGCGGCCGCUGCUGCCUUGAAUUUACAAGCCCUGGAAUCUUAUCUAACUUUACAACGUCUCACCUCAGUGUCCUCUGUUAAUAAUACGCAAUGUAGUUCUAAUGAAAGUAUAAGUUCAACUAAACAAGACAUACUAAGGCUAGCGACGGCAAGUGCUAAAAUUACUGAAACGGACGUUUCUGACAGUACAUCUAGAGUUAUAUCCCCAAAAACGCCGGAAGAAUACCCCUUAUCAGAUGCUAUUGCUGCUGAAGAUGUUGAUUUAUCCGAGGAAGUGGAAGAAGACUUAGCUCUGCUCGAUAAUGAGGAUGAAUUCACAUUGGAACAGCAUCUUGAAUCUACGUCGAAAGGGUACAGUUAUAGUUCAUCGCAGAGCUUAGAUAAUGGUUAUCCGAGUCUUUUAAUGAAUGCCAUGUAUCAACAACAAAUGAAUGGAAGCCCUUCACAGCCACCACUCUCACCACAACCAUCAAACUCAUCAAGCUCAAAGAGUACAAAUAGUUCAACAUCUUCAACGGGGAGUUGUAUAUCAAAUAAGCAGAAAACAACAGGCAGCGGUCCAAGAACGAAAAAGCAGUUUAUUUGCAAGUUCUGCAAUCGGCAAUUCACGAAGUCUUACAAUCUUCUGAUACAUGAAAGGACACAUACCGACGAAAGACCGUAUUCAUGUGACAUUUGUGGAAAAGCGUUCCGACGGCAAGAUCACCUUAGAGAUCACAGAUACAUACAUUCAAAAGAGAAGCCCUUCAAGUGCCUCGAAUGUGGAAAGGGAUUCUGUCAGUCCCGCACGCUAGCUGUACAUAAAAUCCUACACAUGGAGGAGUCACCUCAUAAGUGUCCAGUUUGCAGUAGGAGCUUCAAUCAGAGGUCGAAUCUGAAGACCCAUCUCCUAACUCAUACAGACAUUAAGCCAUAUAACUGUACCUCUUGUGGAAAAGUCUUCAGACGCAACUGUGACUUACGACGACACAGUUUAACCCAUAACCUUGUUAGUAUAUCUUCAGUCAACACAUCGCCGGGCGGAGCUGGUGGUAAAAGCCCAUUACUCAACCCUAAUUUUCCUAUUGAUAAUUUAGACACAGAAGACGAGAACUAAUGUGUUGGAGUGCUAGAUUCUGUGAAUAUAAUAAAAAGACUGAUAAUAAAUCCAAGUGCCUUGUAGUUUUAAGUGUUAGAACGGG